AUGAGUGACAAAAGUGUUUUGAUAAAUCAAAUUUAUCAAAGAUUAGAAGAGAUAACAAAAAAGGACAAUGAUAACUAUCAAAUUGAGGAUUCAUUUAAAAGAUUAUUAAACCAAUUAGAAACUAUUGCUUCUAAUGGUGAGAAAGAAAAUAACAAAGUUCAAAGUAUAAUAUCAACACCACCACCACCACCACCUCCACCACCAUUAUUACCAAAUUUAAUUAAAAAAAAACCAUUAAAUAAUGAUAAAAAAUGUGAAAAUAAUAUACCUAAAUCUUCACCAAUAUUUAUCCCACCACCACCCCCUCCACCAAUAUUAAUUAAUAAAAAAGUACCACAAUGUGAUAAAAAAAUAGAUCCUGAAUCAUAUACAUCAACAUCAAAUGUUCCUGAUCCACCAUCAAAUAAUAAUUUAAAACCUAUUUCAUGGAUAAAAAUAGAUGAAAAAUCUCCAAGACGUGGAAGUACAAUAUGGGAUACCAAUUCAAUAGUCAAUACUGAACUUUCAAAUAAAAUUGAUUUUGCCAAAAUUGAGGAAUACUUUAAAAUUGAUAAUACUAUAAAAAAUGAUCUAUUAAAAGGAAUAAAUAAAAUUAAUAAUAAUAUUAGUAAAGAAGAAAACAAUUAUAGUGAUAUAAUUUCACAUAAAAAUGAGAAAGUUAAAAAGAUUAAAUUAUUAGGUGAUAAAAAAAUAAUGAAUUUAGAUAUAUUUUUAAGACAAUUUAAAAGUGAUAAAUUGUUAGGAUAUAUUGAUAAUAAAGAAGGAUGGAAUAUUGGAUUGGAAAGAUUAAGAAUCCUCCAAUCAUAUCUUCCAGAUGAAUCAGAGAUAAAAUUAUUAACUGAGUAUACUGGUCCCGAAGUUGUGUUGUCAAAAGCAGAAAUAUUUCUUAAAUCUUUAGUUUCAAUGGAAAACUAUAAACAAAAGAUUCUUGAGAUGGUGUUUUCAGAAUUUCUUACUAUAUCAAUGAAUGAAGUGCCAUCACAAUUACAAUGUGUAAUAAAUGCAACAAAAGAAAUAUUACAAUCAAAAAUUCUUCAACAGAUUCUUGUUACAGCAUUAGAAGUAGGAAAUUACUUAAAUAGAGGAAAGAUGUAUGGAAAUGCUACUGGAAUUCGAUUGAAAGGAAUAGAAAGAUUUGGUGACUUCAAAACCGUAAAAAAUGAUAAAAAUUUUAUAGAAGUUUUAGAAGAAGUAACAAGAAAUUUUAUUGAAAAUAAAGAUAUAUUAAAAUAUUUUCCAGAAUUAGAUAAAGUUCAAAUGGUUAGAUUAGAAAUAAUUCAAAAUGAGUUUAAUGAACUUCAGAAAUUGAUGAAUAUUUUAAAAAAUGUUGAAAAAAAUGGAUAUAAAUGUAAUGAAGAAUUAAUAAAUAAGGGAGAAUUAUUUUUUAAACAAAUAAAAGAUAUUUAUGAAAAUAUUGAAUUAAAGAAAAGACAAUUAUGUGAUUAUUUUCAAGAGACUCCUAAAGAAUUUAAUUUGGAAUCAGCUUUUAAAAUUGUUUUUAAUUUUGUAAAAUUAUUCCAUACUGCUCAAAGAAAGAGUAAUCAAAUAGGAGAUGAUAAAAUAAAGAAAGAUUCUGUAUCAGAAAAAGUUGCUCAAUUUAAUAAGACAAAUAAUUAUGGAAACAAUUUUUAUAAAGAAAAUGUAAUAUCAUCACUACCAUCAUCACCAUUUUUAGAUGAUAAUCAAAAUAAAGAUAAUGGUAAUGAAUUAGAAAAAAUUUUAAAAAAAAGAAGAAAUAAUAAUUAUUUGGUUAAGUCAAAAAAUUUUGUCAGUGAUAGACUAAGUAAUGUAUCAAACUUGGAAGAUUUUCUUAAUGAAUCAUUAAAAGAUGAUAGAAAUCCAUUAUCUAUUAAGAAUAAUAAUGAUACUAUCUUAAAACAAGAAACAGAAAUAAUAAAUGAAGGUAGUAUAAAAUGUAAUAGAGAAGUACAAAUAUCUCCCAGUCAGAGUGAAAGUUCAUUAUCAUAUGAUUCAUCAAAAAAUUCAGAUGAUGAUAGGGAAGAUGAUAAAAAAAGUAAUCUUAAAAAAAAUACAAUUGUUACUAUUUCAAGGGAUGAUGGUUUUGAAAGUGAUAACAAAAAUGAUAAGCAAAAUAUUGUUGAAAAUCCGGUAAAAAAAGAAAAGGUAAUUACUAGUAAAAAUAAUCAUUCAACGACAAAUGUUGAAAAAAUAUCUAAACUUAAUUUUGGUAAACAAAAUAUACAUACCAAAAAAGUUAAUGAACCAAGUAAAGUACCAAUGACUCCACCAUCUAGGAAUCUUUCUUCAAAAUUAAUUUUACCAAGGCAAUCUCAAGUUUUAUUAAAAACGCCAGUGAAAAAAGAUGUUGGUGAGGUAAAAUCUACCAUCAAAUCAUGUAUAAUACCUAAAAAAUCUUCUCCUCCAACAAUGACAACUACAGCAAGUACUGCAAGUCGUCCACAAAUUAUAAGAACUGGUAGAUUAACAAAAAAUUCUCCAAGUAUGGAAAGUAAGAUACCAUUACCUAGUUCAAAGACACCCAUUCUUCAACCACGAAUGACUAGAGCAACACUUCUUGCCAAGAAAGCUAAAGAAGAAGCUUUAAUAAAAAAUCAGAAAAAAGAUAAAUGGAUUUGA